AUCGGGGCCACAUUCUAUCUGUGAUAUCUCUUGAUUUCAGCACUAUACUACACUACUAACAAACGAGAAGAGAUAAUUAAUCCUUUAUCAACCAUGGGAGAGACGCAUAUCUUCUUCAUCCGCCAUGGCGAGUCGGUCGAUAACGUGUCCCACGGCCAUGCUGGCCCACCGGACUCUCCCCUCACCGCCCACGGGGCUAUCCAGUCUAGCCGGCUUGCGGUGCACCUCGCCGAGCGAGCGGGUAGCCUAGCGCCGGUCCCUCACAUGUUGUGUUCCGACUUUCAGCAGGCCCGAAUGACGGCAGAAGUCAUCAGAGAUGCGUACCCAUCCCCAGCUGCUGGAUCGACCUCUACCGUGAAGCCUGAGAUUGCGAUUCUCCAGCUUGCCGAACUUCGUGAGAAGCGGUUCGGUGAAAGAAGCGCAGAAAUCUCGGGCUCCGAAGCAGCAGCCCAGCCUGGAGGAGGCGCCUACACCGAAGGCGAGUCCUUCAAGGAAGUGGACGCUCGGGCGAAACGCUUCCUUGAUGCCGUCUUGCUGCCACUGCUCGAGGAGCUCCUCACGUCCGACACCCCGCAAUAUGUUUUUAUCAUCGCCCAUGGGGUAAUACACUCACACGUGUGGUUGGGGUUUAUCCGCCUGCUGCGAGCGUUGCGUCCCAGAACGACUUCCGCUCCUGGAGCCAUGUGUUUGGAGUCCGUACCACUGGACGAAUUUCUCGGCAGCGCAGCCUACCAUGAGAUAGUUUUGAAAACUCCCACACUUUCUUCCGAGGCCUCCUCCAGCUCACAGUCUGGGGGGGCCGGCUCUAUUGACCAAGCUCUUUCAACCGCACAGAUUCACCUCAGCGCCAUCAAUUAUGCCGGCCAUCUUUCUGGACUCAGAAAGACGGGAGGCGGGAUCGGCAACGCCAAGUAUGACACAAAGCAGAGGAAGAUAGAUUCAUUUUUCUCCAAGUCUUCAGCCUGAUUGGGCAGGGAAUAGAAAUACAGUUUUUCUUUUCACUGAACCCUUUGUGAAAUAGCAGGUUCGCUACAUUUUUUUUAUCAAUGCAGGGACUUAAUUUUAUAAUUUUUUCCCCUCAAGGUUCCCGCUAUAUCGUUACCCUCUGAGAUCAUCGCCACCAUGGUAGCUGAGGUUGGAUCCGGAGCUUGUAAACG